AUGGACGAGAUCACAAAUAGGUGCGCUGGACUAAAGCUAUCGCUAAAAGAAGAGGCUGAGGUAGAGAUCAACGUACCAUUGACAGAGGAUGGCCCAGUCCUCAUAGGGAAGUUCUGCACGAAGCAACGAGUAAACCUGGAGUCAGUAGCUAGAGUGUUGAAAUUGGUAUGGAAGGCAGAGAACAACUUCGAGGUCAGUGACUUGGGCGAGAACAUGGUAAUGUUUCUUUUCCAAACAAAAGAUGAUAUGGAGAGGGUGCUUCUCCUCAGUCCAUGGUCCUUCGAUAAAUACCUACUAAUCCUCCAUAAAAUGGUGCGUGGUGAAGCAGUGAAAGACAUUAAGUUUGACAAGACUCCUUUUUGGAUUCAAAUUCAUGGACUGCCCACAAUGUGCCAAACCAAGGAAGUUGGAUUGAGCAUCGGCGCUACACUAGGGAAGGUGGAGAAAGUGGAUGCGAAUACGAAAGGCUUCUGCCUGGGGAACUCCCUGCGCAUAAGGGUGCUCUUAGAUAUCUCCAAACCGCUGUGCUGA